AUGAGCUACUACAGCGGCUACUACGGAGGUCUGGGCUAUGGUGGCUUUGGAGGCCUGGGCUGUGGCUAUGGCUGUGGAUGUAACAGCAUCAGCAGACUGGGCUAUGGCUGUGGCUACGGAGGCUAUGGAUAUGGCUGCUGCCGCCCUUCCUGCUGUGGAGGAUAUGGGUUCUCCAGCUUCUAUUGA